GUUCUCGUGAUCAACGGUUUCGACAUUCGGUUGGAGAAAAUGAUUUGGAACUUCAUUUCGGGACGUAAUUAAUGGCCAAACAAUAGGUCUUUGGGCGCAGUCGCGCGCAGAGGAGAGAAUCUUCGGAAGAAUUGAAAACAUUUUCCGUUUUUUUGUCGACUUUUUAGCGAAAAAUGAUUUAAUUUUUGAGAAAUUGUUCGAAAUUUAUGUCAAAAUGUUUUAUGAGAUUCUCGUCUUCUGAUUGGACGAAGAAUUCGAACCGAAAGUCGAAUAAAAUGUCAGAAUUUUGAAUUCAAAAAACGGAAUAAUAGUCUUUCGAACGCUUCGAUUGGUUGGACGCACGCGCACAACACAUGGGCAACAAAAUAUCGUGUUCGACAUGCAAUCCCAAGCCGUUGCCUCAGCAGAGAGUGUCGCGCGCGGACGGCGGCCAACAGGCGCUGGGAAGACGCGACGGUCACGUGUUGCGGCUCUGGGCGGAAGUGUUCCACGUCUCGGCGUCGUCGGGCGCCGUGCGCUGGACGCAACUCUCGGACGACUUGGUGCCGGUCACUGUGACGCAGGCGCAGCAGCGCUUCCACGUGACGGCGUACAACUCGCGAGUGGACAAAGUGCUGGACACGUGGUUAUCGGCCACGCGUUUGGGUCAGGCGUCCAAUUGCUUCGUGUACUGGAAGGACGCCGUGAGUGGCGACACCUGGGGUCUCAACUUCACGUCUGCGGCCGACGCGCGCGCCUUCCGGGAGUGCAUUUCGGCGCAGCGCGACUUUCGGCGCGCGGAAUCGAGUUAUUCGCUUCGAGGCGACAAACGCGACGACAGGAGAGACGACGCGACGUCGAAGACGACGCAAAGGACGCAUUCGUCGCAACCCAACAGCCCUUCGAAGCAGAAGUAUUUGCAACAAUUGAAUGCAAACCAAUGCACGUGUGAUUGCAUGACGUCAGACGCGCUGCACAAACAGCGCAACGGACGCAUUCGUUACGCGACGUUCACGCGCCAGGACUCGUCGGGAACGACGCAGUCGUCCAAAAGCGACGGAUCGCUCGUUCGGCGCCAACACGAGAGACAGCAGUACUUCGCCAAUCGAGGUCACGUGCGCUCGAUGGAGGACCAGAUGCGCGCCAAGAGUCAGCGCGAGAUGCGGUCGACGACAGCGCGACGACCGGAGGACGACAAGCAGACGCCGCGGACGACGACUCAGACGCAAAGUGCGGCGCAAUUGCGCUCCAAGUCUCAGGAAGACGUGCGACGCGUGGCGACGACGGCGACGACGACCGACGACCUGAUGUGCGACAGAAUCACGACAACCACGGCUUCCACGCUCUCGUCGGAAGCGCUGAAGCGGAUGCUGCGAGACGUGACGUCAGCCAAUCAGGACGCGCGCCAUCACGAGCGCCCGAAAUCGUUGUCGGAAAUGUGUCAGUCACGUGACACAAUGGACAGAUCGCGCUCUCAUCGGUCGCUCGAAGGACGCAGACGUUCGCUGGAAAGGUCGCAAUGCGUGGAUCUCACCGACGCGUCGCCGCCGACGCCGCGCCACCGCGUGACGGAAGAGACGGCAUUGUUGGACGACUACGAGACGGAACUGCGACGACGACUGGCGACACAGACGUCGCGGGAGUCGCGCGAAGACGCGAUGGAAGUGUUCGAGUCGUUGCUGAAGGAGUCGAUGGACGACGUGGCGACGCUCAUGCGCGAAGUGCAGCAGGAGUUGCAGCAGAUCCGCGCGGAGGAGAAGCGCUUCAAGUCCCUCUCGUCGCAGUCGCUGCUGGGGCUGAGCCGCUCCUCCGCGCCCAUCCUCGACACGCUCUCCAUCGACGGCCAGUUGCCCUUCUGCUCGCUCGGCGGCCACGCGUCGUCUCUGGCGUCGCACUUGCCGUUCGAGUCGUUAUCGAUCGCGUCGAUGAUGACGUCAUCAGAGCCGCGGUUCGUUCACAGACACAGAGAUGGCGUUCGCGUCGACGACUGCGAAUUCGCGUUCCUUUCCAAAGUGUCCGACGACGAGAAGGCGUCGCUGACGACAGCCAUCAGCGACGACGACGACAUCGAGUCGCCUCUGCGCGCGCGCUCCGGCACUUCGGGUGAGUGUGACGUCACUGGACGGCUUCUCACGUCUCUCUCUUCAACAGCGGCCAACUUCGAGUGUUUGGGAUCUGUUCGCAAAUCGGGCUUUCUUUGCGUCAAGAAAUGGUUGCUAAGGAAACGCCAUUCGCUGGAGUUGGCGCGUCGUCGCGGCUGGAAGGGAUAUUGGGUGUGUCUGAAGGGAACGACGCUUCUGUUCUACAACUGCGAGUCACGUGACGGCCACGCCAUCGACGCCGCGCCCAAACACCUCAUCUUCGUGGACGCGUGUCUCGUGCAGACGGUUCCCGAACACCCGAAACGCGAUCACGUGUUCUGUUUGUCCACAGCGUUCGGCGACGCGUACUUAUUGGACGCCCCGUGUCUCGAGGAGCGCGACGCCUGGGUUUCCGCCAUUCACAGCGCGUGCGCCGCGCAGAUCGCCCGCAACUCGGGGAAGGCGGCCGUGAGUCACGUGAUCGCGGAGGAGAUGGCGCGCAUCGAACGCACUCUGGAGGCGGACGCGCGGUCGCGGCACGAGACGGAACUGUUGUUGACGUGCGUCGCCGCCGACGACCAGAAGCAACGACAGGCGCUCGUCAACGCAAUAAUGGUUUCGGAGGAGAAGCACGAGAAACAACGAAUCGAAAUAUUUCGUCUCAAGUGCUAUCUCAGCGCCGUCGAGUCGUCGGACGAAAUGCCGAAUCCGAAGACAACGCUUUCGCUGACGAACAGAAGAACGAAGUCUCAGUUGAACCGUUUGGGCGUCUUCACCGUUUCCUCGCUUCACGGUCGGUCACUCAGUGGUCACUCAUUGGCUAACUUUGAGUCUCUCUCUCUCUCUCUAGCGUUCAAUUGCGCGAAGAACCCGUCGAUUGUCGGAAGUCUUUUGCGACGACAGAAGAGCGAAGAGAAGGACGUGUUGGCGACGACACGCGACGACAAACUGACAGAAGUGGAAGUGUUGAUGACGACGACAGGCGAACGACGCGUCGUCAGCGUGUCGUCUGAGUGGACGUCCGAACAAUUGCUUUUGCAUUUAAUGACUUCGCAUUCCAACGCUCGCGAGUAUUACGUCUCUCAGAACUCGCGAAUCGUCAACAGAAGCCAAUUGUUGGGCCAUUUGUCGCGCGAUUUGCUGGAAAUCAUUCCCAAAGUGUUGUUCACAGUGGAGUUGUCACGUGACACCAAUGAAGUGCUUUUCGGCUUUUCUGUCGAAUCGGAAUUAACGGCCAAUGAUUUGUGUGUUUACGUCUCGCGCGUCGAAAAUCAAAGCAUCGCCGCUUCUCAUGGUUUGCGACGUUUCGACGAAUUGGUGGUCAUUAACGGCGCUCUCGUUCACGACUUGGACAUGAUGUUUGUGGAAUCGCUUCUUCAGGAGGAAUGCAAUCUCUGUUUGAUGAUCCGUUCGGCGCGAGACAACACUCAGCACAACGACGACAACGGCGCUGUCGUCGACGACCAGAACGUCGUCGAGACGACGGACGACAUGAUAGAGUCGUUGGUGUGUCCGCCGCCGCCGGAAGACGCGAACGCCGUCACUCUCAUCAACAGCGAACAACUCAAAGACCUGAUUGUGCCAAAAGUGGACUCUUUUUUACCCAAACAGAACUCUUUCUCGCAAUUAAUCCAUUUUCCCGCACAAAACGCUGACGACAGCCGUCGCCCCGAACGACAGUUGACGACAGCGACGCCCUCUUCGGACAAAAUGCGAAAAGUGGUGAAAGAGCUCGUGGACACCGAAGUGUCCUAUUGUUCAUCGCUGGAACAGCUGUUGUCGCUGUAUUUGGAGCCGUUGUCGCGCGAGACGACACUUCUGUCGCAGUCGGACAUUGCAGUGCUGUUCGGAUCCAUCAAAGAGAUCAUCAGAAACCAGAAACAGUUCAAAAGCGAAUUGCAAUCCAUUGUUGACGACAACGGCGACGACAACCAGCCGCUGGACGUCGAGGCGAUCGCGCGCUCUUUCCUCUCGCAUUCCAACGCUUUCCGCAAUUACUCGACGUUCUGCGCCUCGCAUUCACGCGCUGUGAAGCUCCUGUCGGACGAGAAGAGCGCGCAGAGCGUCCAACUGAAGGAAUGGCUGUCGCGGCGCUCGAGCGGCCAAUUGGCGCAAUCGCUGGAAUCCUUCCUCAUAAAACCCAUUCAACGCGUUCUCAAAUAUCCGCUCCUUUUGUCGCAAAUGAAGAGCUUUUGUGCCAAAGAGUCGCCGCAAAGUCGUCGUCUGGACGACGCGUUGAAAGCCGUGGAAAGCGUGGCCGAACACAUCAAUGAAAUGCAACGAAUUCACGAGGAAUACGGCGCCAUCUUCGAGCACUUGGCCAGAAGUCACGCGCGCGUCAGCCAACAGAGCGUCGACCUCUCGCCCACGGCCCUGAUUCACUACGGCGGCAUCCAAUGGAUCAAUUCGAUGGAGUUUUUGGGGAAAAACUCGCGAAAAGGCGUUGAAUUGCAUUCAAUGUGUUUUGUUUUCAAACAAUUCGUUGUCUUUCUCUGCAAAGAAACCAUUCGUCGCAACAAACGUCAGACGGCGUCCAACGCGUCGUCGCAGUCGUCGCGCACCGAAGUGGAGAUCAUUCGCCACCAAACCCUCAUUCCCGUGAUUGAAGUACAGGUGAGGGCUUCGGCGCAGAAUCAGGAAUCGGAACACGACUUCCGGUGGGAACUGAUCCAACUGAAGACGAGCGGCGGGAAGCGCUCGGAGAAGAUCUACCGCUUGUCCAACAGUUCGUGCGAAUAUCGGAACGCCUUCUUGCGGACGAUUCGGCAAAUAAUCCGCGAAGACGUCCGCCAGAUGUCGUGUCAGUUGAAGGCGUCGGCGGCGAAGCAGUCGUCCGAUUCUGUCGUCGCUUCUGUCGUCAAAGAGGACGACACGACGGGAGAGACCGUCGCGUGCGGUCUCUGCGGGAAAGACGUGUCGAUUGGCUGUCGCUCUAAAGACCAUUCGAUGACGUCAUCGGAUUCGCCGAUUUGGAAACGACGUCAAGACUCCGCCUCUUCUUCGCGUUGA